AUGAGCGCUAUAUUCGCAGACAUGCCCAAGCUUGACAAUGCCAGAAGUGCCGCAGCACUUGCAGCUCCGCCUGGUGGGCACAAUUUGGUGUUGUUGACUAUGGACGCGUUGGUGGCACCUGCUGACCCAAACCGGAGGUUGGCUCCUAUCAUUGCCACCGCUGACCCUGCUGAAAAGAUACUUAUAUUACGUAUAUAUUAUAAAAGCCGUGUUGAUUUCUCCCGCCCCACUUUAGUUGCAGCGUGUAGGUUAUCAAAUAACCAUGCGGUAUAA